CUCAUGUUAUGUCCCUAGCGAGGCUGCCCUCCCGUUCCAGAAUGCACAGCGGCAGCUGACUACUCUUCCUUGCUUUGUGUGCCCACCCCGCCAAGUCACUUAAGCAGCAUGUGUGUGCUGUAUGAGUGGGUGCCACCUUCCGGGGACCCUGCAGGAACAAGCCGUGUGCUGUAGACCUAUAGCACCUGACAUGGUGACAGGCACCAAGCAGGAGCUUCAUGCAGCCCAGGCUAAGCCAAAGGUGGAGUAUAUGACUGAGUGAACAAACCAGGAAGUAAUGAGAGCAGGAAAGAUGUUACAGCGGGGGGAAAACUGAGCUGGGAUGCCAGGGCCCGGGCUGGACUCCACCUCUGUCCUCCCUCAGAGCCUGCUACCUACUCAGUUAAGCAUACUGUGGACAACUUGUGCUGUUCACAACAGGCUGCUGCUACAAACGACAGGCAAAUGGGGGGUAUGCACUUGGCCAGACCUAUGCAACACUAACCAUGAGUCCUGCCCAUGCAGGUCUGGACACCACUUCCUUUGCCAGCCUAAGUCCCUGGAAGCUGAAGGACUCUCCACAGACAGGUGCCUGGACUGGAGAUGCCACCGAUUCUAACAGUGAGGAUAGCCUGCAAUCCUCAUCAGAAAAGGGCUGGUGCUCCACGUGGGGAGCUGAUCACUUUUCCACCUUUGACCACCAUGAGUAUGAGUUCAGAGGGAUGUGCAACUACAUCUUUACGGCCACGUGUGGGGGUGCCUUGCCCACCUUCAGCAUCCAGUUGCGGAGAGAUAGGGAUGGAAACAUCUCCCGGAUCAUCAUGGAACUGGGGGCCUCUGUGGUCACCGUGAACAAAGCAAUCAUCUCUGUCAGGGACAUUGGGGUUGUUAGCCUGCCCUAUACCAGCAAUGGUCUCCAGAUCACACCAUAUGGCCAGAGCGUGCAAUUGGUGGCCAAGCAGCUGGAGCUGGAGUUAGUUGUCAUGUGGGGACCAGAUGCCCAUCUUAUGGUCCUGGUAGAGAAGAAGUACAUGGGCAAGCUGUGUGGACUGUGUGGGAACUUCGACGGGAAGACAGAUAAUGAGUUUCUAAGCGAGGACGACAAACUUCUGGAACCUUACAAGUAUGCUGUACUCCAGAAGCUAGAUGACCCCAAUGAGAUCUGUGCCCAUGAGCCUAUUCCCAGGCCUACCACCCUGAAGACCUCUAGAUACGCCCAGAUCUGCAACCAGCUACUGACCCUGGUGUCCCCUGGGUGUGAUGUGCCUAAGGAGUCACUGGUGCUGAGCUGCCAGGCAGACAUGGCUAAGUGUGCCCAGCCAGGUCAGCAGAAUUGCAGCUGCGCCACGCUGUCUGAGUACUCCCGUCGCUGCAGCAUGGCCGGCCAGCCUGUCCGCAACUGGAGGACCCCUGGACUCUGCCCCGUGGGCCAGUGCCCAGCCAACCAGGUGUACCAGGAGUGCGGUGAGGUCUGCGUCAAGACUUGCUCCAACCCACAGCACAGCUGCUCCAGCUUCUGCAACUUCGGCUGCUUCUGCCCCCAUGGUACACUGCUUGACGACAUAUCCAGAAACCACACCUGUGUGCCAGUCAGCCAGUGCCCCUGUAUGCUCAAUGGCGUGAUUUAUGGCCCUGGGGAGAUCACGAGAACAGCCUGCCAAACCUGCCAGUGUACCAUGGGCCGCUGGACGUGCACAGAGCAGCCAUGUCCUGGGCACUGCUCCCUAGAAGGUGGUUCCUUUGUCACCACAUUCGACGCCAGACCCUACCGCUUCCAUGGCACCUGCACCUACACGCUUCUCCAGAGCCCGCUGCUACCCAACAAUGGCACCCUCCUGGCUGUGUAUGACAAGUCAGGUUACUCCCAUUCAGAGACCUCCCUAGUGUCUGUCAUCUACCUGUCCAAGAAGGACAAAAUUGUGAUCUCAAAGGAUGAAGUGAUCACCAACAAUGGAGACACCAAGGUGCUGCCAUACAAAACACACAACAUCACCAUCUUCAGGCAGACAUCUACCCACCUCCAGAUGGCUACCACCUUUGGCCUGGAAGUCGUGGUCCAGCUACAGCCCGUCUUCCAGGCGUACAUCACAGUCGGGCCCCAGUUCAAAGGCCAGACCAAAGGGCUCUGCGGCAAUUUCAACGGAGACACGACAGAUGAUUUCACGACCAGCAUGGGCCUUGAUGAAGGCACCGCCUCACUCUUUGUGGACUCAUGGCGCGCAGGGAACUGUCUAGCUGCCCUGGAGCGGGAGACUGACCCCUGCUCCAUGAGCCAGCUCAACAAGGUGUGUGCAGAGACCCACUGCUCCAUGCUGCUGAGGAAGGGCAGUGUCUUUGAGAAAUGCCACACGGUGGUGAACCCCCAGCCCUUCUACAAGAGGUGUGUGUACCAGGCCUGCAACUACGAGGAGACCUUCCCUCACAUCUGUUCUGCACUGGGGGCCUAUGCCCAUGCCUGCGCCUCCCGAGGUGUCCUGCUCUUGGGCUGGAGGCGCAGCGUGGACAAUUGCACUGUGCCUUGCUCUGGCAACCGCACGUUCAGUUACAAUAGCAAGGCCUGUGACCGCACCUGCCUGUCUCUGUCGGACCGUGAGACAGAGUGCCACGCGAGUGCUGUGCCGGUGGAUGGCUGCAACUGUCCUGAGGGCACCUACUUGAACCACAAGGCAGAAUGUGUGCACAAGGCCCAGUGCCCCUGCCUGCUGGACAGCUCCAAGUUCGUCCAGGCUGAUCAGUCAACCAUGAUCAAUGGGGUCAUAUGUUACUGCAUCAAUGGCCGCCUGAACUGCCCACGGCAGGCAGAGAUGUUCUUGGCAACCUGCGCAGAGCCCAAGACCUUCCAGUCCUGCAGCCAGUCAUCAGAGGACAAGUUCGGGGCUGCAUGUGCCCCCACAUGCCAGAUGCUGGCCACAGGCAUUGACUGUGUACCCACCAAAUGCGAAUCUGGCUGUAUUUGUCCUAAGGGGCUCUAUGAGAACAGCGAUGGGCAGUGUGUGCCUGCAGAGGAAUGCCCAUGUGACUUUGCAGGGGUGUCCUAUCCUGGCGGUUCUGAGCUCCAUACUGACUGUAAGACCUGCACUUGCUCACAGGGAAGGUGGACCUGCCAGCUCAGCGCACAAUGCCCAUCCACCUGUGUCCUCUAUGGCGAAGGCCACGUCAUAACUUUUGACGGACAGCGCUUUGUGUUUGAUGGCAACUGCGAGUACACUCUGGCCACGGAUGACUGUGGUGCCAACAGCUCACAGCCUACCUUCAAGGUCGUGACAGAGAACGUUAUCUGUGGGAAGUCAGGGGUCACCUGCUCCCGAGCCAUCAAGAUCUCCCUGGGUGGGCUAUCCAUCACAAUGGCAGACAGAAACUACACAGUCAGCGGGGAAGAACCCUUGGUGCACCUUCAGGUGAAGCCCAGCCCCCUGAAUCUGGUCCUGGACAUAGACAUCCCUGGAAGGCUCAACCUGACGCUCGUGUGGAACAAGCACAUGAGCGUCUCUAUCAAGAUCCGCCGCGCCACCCGGGAUGCCCUCUGUGGCUUGUGUGGCAACUCCAAUGGGAACAUGAAGGAUGACUUUGAGACACGCAGCAAGUAUGUGGCAUCCAGUGAACUGGAAUUUGUGAACUCAUGGAAGGAGAAUCCACUAUGUGGGGAUGCAAGUUACGUGGUGGAUCCCUGUAGCCUAAACACCUUCCGGCGCUCCUGGGCUGAGCGCAAAUGCAACAUUAUCAACAGCCAGACCUUUGCUGCCUGCCACAGCAAGGUGUACCACCUGCCCUACUAUGAGGCCUGCGUGCGUGAUACCUGUGGGUGUGACAUGGGCGGAGACUGUGAAUGUCUGUGCGAUGCGGUGGCUGCCUAUGCCAAGGCCUGUCUGGACAAGGGCGUCUGUGUGGACUGGAGGGCCCCAGACUUCUGCCCCGUCUACUGUGACUACUACAACAUUCACACACUGGUGGGUGAGAAUGAAUACCAGUAUGCUCAGGAGGCCAACUGCACGUGGCACUACCAGCCCUGUCUCUGCCCUGGCAGCUUGGGGACCUUCCCGGACACAAACAUUGAAGGCUGCUACAACUGCUCCCAGAAUGAGUACUUUAACCACACAGAAGGGACCUGUGUACCCUGUGCACCACCCGCUACCACACUACCGCCAGCCACCACAGGUUCACAGCCUACCACAGCAACCCCCACCAGCACCGAGUUCCGCAGUUCCAGCUCUGCAGCUACACCUAUGGGCCCCUCCAACUUCCCAGGGCUUCCGGCCCCACCACCUUCAGCCCCAUCCUCCACUGAGGAAGUAACAGGAUGGACCACCCCCAAGAAAUCUACAGUCUCCUCAGGAGAAUACUCUCCGAUUACUGUGGGUACCACACCACUGACAUCAGGUUUGCCUCCUGCAUCCAUACCGAAGUCAACACCUACAAGGCUCCCAGUGACACAGGCUACAACUAAGCCCACGGCAUCUUCCUCCAGCUCGUCCACAAAGACCACAGCUCAGUUCACAGAGAGUACCACAGUGACACCACUAAUUUCAGCAAAACCUGGGAUGUCCACCAGCCAAGUGACAUCAGCUCAACAGGAAAGUCACCGUCCAGCUACAACAAGCCGAUCUACUGAGACCACAGAACUACCUCUCUUGGGAAAGACCACCCUGACCACACAGCAAACAGGGCAAAGCAAUACCCUACCACCACCUACUACAAGCACUUGGACUCAAAACACAUUAUCACAAACCAUGCCGACACUUGUGCCCUGGACCACACACUCUCAACCAACCGCUUCUUUCCACACUACAGAACAGUCCACAAAUGCUCCAUCAGAAACACCUAUCCAGACAACAACCACCAUUUUGCAGACACAGAACUCACUGCCCUCUGUAAACCCAACACUUUCUACAGCACAGGCACCAACAUCUCAGGCUCUCAAGACACCAACUGCAUCACAUGUACCGCCAUCACCAUCCAUGACACACCCACCUACCACAAUAUUUCAAGCCACCACAGUUAAGGAAGCAGACACAACACACACAUUAACCUCAGGCACCUAUACAACCAAAUACAUGACACAAAGUCAAACCUCAUUCUUCACUGAAACCACCUCAUCGUCCUUAACACACCCUUCCAGAACAACACAGCAGUGGUCUACAACACUUCCUCCCACUACAGUGUGGAAAACGACAACAAUGGGUGUAAACAGUAGCCCGGAAGUCCACACAACUUCUGGAACACCAAGUAAUCCUAAUACUCCACAUACCACAGACCUUUCACCCACUGUUCCUGUCUCCAGUACAAUACAGACCACAGGGCCCUCACUGAGAACGUCUCUGCAGACAACUAUCACGAUCUCAACCCCUUCAACUCCUCAAACUGCAUCCACAAAACUGCCAUUAACUUCAACUUCCUCUGUGACAUCAAAUUUAAUGACAAUGAGCAGCCACACGAGCGAACACACAUUAUCACUACCCUCAACAUCCAUGACACGAGAAACUGCUCUCCCAACAAUGAUGGAAGACACCACAACUCCACAACAAACAACAACACCUGAUACUUACACAUCCAGUGCCACAACCCAAACCAAGAGCUCUUUCUCCACAUACAAGACAUCUACUUCCCACAAUCCACAAACUUCCACGCUGACCCCAUCUCAAUCAACAUCAGCUCCAGUCUCUUCCAUCUUGACUACAUCCACUAUGGAUGUAACUGGCACCCCAGUGGUACACACCACCUCAGGUACACAUAGCAGCACCAAAACUCCAUAUACCCCACACUCUGCACCCAUAGCUGCUACCUCAAGUACAACACACACCUCUAGUACCUCAGGAAUUUCCCAACAGACCACCAUCACCUUCCCAACAGCAUCACCUUCUCUGACCUCUGUGACCACACCACAGACAUCUUUGUCAACCUCCUCUGUCACAACUUCUGAGGCACUUAACACCCCGACAAGCCAACAGACGACAUCAUCAGUUCCCACAUCCAGGCCACACAGCACCCCUUUACAAACCACAGUGGAGACCACAGGGACCCCACAUACACCAACAGCUGUCAUUUAUACAACCACUGCUACCACACAGUCUCAAAGCACAUUCUCCACGGGCAGAACCUCUACUUCCCACCUUUCACCCACUUCCUCCAUGACUGCCCAUCUGUCCACAUCACUUCCCGCUACAACCGUAUCAACUGGGACCACCAUGGCUGUAACCGGUACCUCCAUGUCCCAAACAACCUCAGUGACACCUAGCAGUCCUCAAACGGCACACACCACACGCCCUUCAUCCACUGCUGUUUUCUCCAGCACAAUACACACCACAGGUCUCCCCUCAGAGACGUCCAUACAGACCACCUCCAACGUCCCAUCCACAUCAGGUCCUCAGACCUCGUCCACACACCUGCCACCAUUAUCCACUUCCUCUGUGACACCAACUACCGAGGUAUUUAAGACGCCAACCAGCCCUCACUCGGUAUCACUGGCCUCCACCUCCAUGCCAUUGAGGACUGUUCUCCCAACCACCCUGGAAGGCACAAGGCCAUACAGUACAUCAAUACCUGUUGCUUACAUAACCAGUGCCAUCACCCCACCCAAAAGCACACUUUCCACAGACAGGACCUCAACUGCCCUCCUCUCACAGUCUUCCUCCAUCACACCUACUCAGUCAACAUCAAUUCUACCAACUACCAACUCGAUGAAGCCCACCAUGCCUGUAACUAGUACUCCUGUGUUCACAACCACGUCACACAUGCCGAGCAGUGCAAACACUGCAUACACCACACACUCUCAAACGACAGCGGCUGUCAUCAGCACAACACACACCACCUCUCCCCACUCUGCAUCACCUGAGCAGUCCACAACAACCUUCCCAACACCAUCAGGGCCACAGAUCUCUAUGGCCACAUCACAGCCACCAUUAUCAACCUCCUCUGUCACAACUUCUGAGGUACUCAACACCCCGACAAGCCAACAGACGACAUCAUCACCUCCCACAUCCAGGCCACACAGCACCCCUCUACAAACCACAGUGGAGACCACAGGGACCCCACAUACACCAACAGCUGUCAUUUAUACAACCACAGCUACCACACAAGCUCACAACUCAUUCUCCACAGAGAGAACAUCUACCUCCCACAAUCCACAAACUUCCACGCUGACCCCAUCUCAAUCAACAUCAGCUCCAGUCUCUUCCAUCUUGACUACAUCCACUAUGGGUGUAACUGGCACCCCUGUGGUACACACCACCUCAGGUACACAUAGCAGCACCAAAACUCCAUAUACCCCACAUGCUACACCCACAGCUGCUACCUCUAGUACAACACACACCUCUAGUACCUCAGGAAUUUCCCAGCAGACCACCAUCACCUUCCCAACAUCAUCACCUUCUCUGACCUCUGUGACCACACCACAGACAUCUUUGUCAACCUCCUCUGUCACAACUUCUGAGGCACUUAACACCCCGACAAGCCAACAGACGACAUCAUCAGUUCCCACAUCCAGGCCACACAGCACCCCUUUACAAACCACAGUGGAGACCACAGGGACCCCACAUACACCAACAGCUGUCAUUUAUACAACCACUGCUACCACACAGUCUCAAAGCACAUUCUCCACGGGCAGAACCUCUACUUCCCACCUUUCACCCACUUCCUCCAUGACUGCCCAUCUGUCCACAUCACUUCCCGCUACAACCGUAUCAACUGGGACCACCAUGGCUGUAACCGGUACCUCCAUGUCCCAAACAACCUCAGUGACACCUAGCAGUCCUCAAACGGCACACACCACACGCCCUUCAUCCACUGCUGUUUUCUCCAGCACAAUACACACCACAGGUCUCCCCUCAGAGACGUCCAUACAGACCACCUCCAACGUCCCAUCCACAUCAGGUCCUCAGACCUCGUCCACACACCUGCCACCAUUAUCCACUUCCUCUGUGACACCAACUACCGAGGUAUUUAAGACGCCAACCAGCCCUCACUCGGUAUCACUGGCCUCCACCUCCAUGCCAUUGAGGACUGUUCUCCCAACCACCCUGGAAGGCACAAGGCCAUACAGUACAUCAAUACCUGUUGCUUACAUAACCAGUGCCAUCACCCCACCCAAAAGCACACUUUCCACAGACAGGACCUCAACUGCCCUCCUCUCACAGUCUUCCUCCAUCACACCUACUCAGUCAACAUCAAUUCUACCAACUACCAACUCGAUGAAGCCCACCAUGCCUGUAACUAGUACUCCUGUGUUCACAACCACGUCACACAUGCCGAGCAGUGCAAACACUGCAUACACCACACACUCUCAAACGACAGCGGCUGUCAUCAGCACAACACACACCACCUCUCCCCACUCUGCAUCACCUGAGCAGUCCACAACAACCUUCCCAACACCAUCAGGGCCACAGAUCUCUAUGGCCACAUCACAGCCACCAUUAUCAACCUCCUCUGUCACAACUUCUGAGGUACUCAACACCCCGACAAGCCAACAGACGACAUCAUCACCUCCCACAUCCAGGCCACACAGCACCCCUCUACAAACCACAGUGGAGACCACAGGGACCCCACAUACACCAACAGCUGUCAUUUAUACAACCACAGCUACCACACAAGCUCACAACUCAUUCUCCACAGAGAGAACAUCUACCUCCCACAAUCCACAAACUUCCACGCUGACCCCAUCUCAAUCAACAUCAGCUCCAGUCUCUUCCAUCUUGACUACAUCCACUAUGGGUGUAACUGGCACCCCUGUGGUACACACCACCUCAGGUACACAUAGCAGCACCAAAACUCCAUAUACCCCACAUGCUACACCCACAGCUGCUACCUCUAGUACAACACACACCUCUAGUACCUCAGGAAUUUCCCAGCAGACCACCAUCACCUUCCCAACAUCAUCACCUUCUCUGACCUCUGUGACCACACCACAGACAUCUUUGUCAACCUCCUCUGUCACAACUUCUGAGGCACUUAACACCCCGACAAGCCAACAGACGACAUCAUCAGUUCCCACAUCCAGGCCACACAGCACCCCUUUACAAACCACAGUGGAGACCACAGGGACCCCACAUACACCAACAGCUGUCAUUUAUACAACCACUGCUACCACACAGUCUCAAAGCACAUUCUCCACGGGCAGAACCUCUACUUCCCACCUUUCACCCACUUCCUCCAUGACUGCCCAUCUGUCCACAUCACUUCCCGCUACAACCGUAUCAACUGGGACCACCAUGGCUGUAACCGGUACCUCCAUGUCCCAAACAACCUCAGUGACACCUAGCAGUCCUCAAACGGCACACACCACACGCCCUUCAUCCACUGCUGUUUUCUCCAGCACAAUACACACCACAGGUCUCCCCUCAGAGACGUCCAUACAGACCACCUCCAACGUCCCAUCCACAUCAGGUCCUCAGACCUCGUCCACACACCUGCCACCAUUAUCCACUUCCUCUGUGACACCAACUACCGAGGUAUUUAAGACGCCAACCAGCCCUCACUCGGUAUCACUGGCCUCCACCUCCAUGCCAUUGAGGACUGUUCUCCCAACCACCCUGGAAGGCACAAGGCCAUACAGUACAUCAAUACCUGUUGCUUACAUAACCAGUGCCAUCACCCCACCCAAAAGCACACUUUCCACAGACAGGACCUCAACUGCCCUCCUCUCACAGUCUUCCUCCAUCACACCUACUCAGUCAACAUCAAUUCUACCAACUACCAACUCGAUGAAGCCCACCAUGCCUGUAACUAGUACUCCUGUGUUCACAACCACGUCACACAUGCCGAGCAGUGCAAACACUGCAUACACCACACACUCUCAAACGACAGCGGCUGUCAUCAGCACAACACACACCACCUCUCCCCACUCUGCAUCACCUGAGCAGUCCACAACAACCUUCCCAACACCAUCAGGGCCACAGAUCUCUAUGGCCACAUCACAGCCACCAUUAUCAACCUCCUCUGUCACAACUUCUGAGGUACUCAACACCCCGACAAGCCAACAGACGACAUCAUCACCUCCCACAUCCAGGCCACACAGCACCCCUCUACAAACCACAGUGGAGACCACAGGGACCCCACAUACACCAACAGCUGUCAUUUAUACAACCACAGCUACCACACAAGCUCACAACUCAUUCUCCACAGAGAGAACAUCUACCUCCCACAAUCCACAAACUUCCACGCUGACCCCAUCUCAAUCAACAUCAGCUCCAGUCUCUUCCAUCUUGACUACAUCCACUAUGGGUGUAACUGGCACCCCUGUGGUACACACCACCUCAGGUACACAUAGCAGCACCAAAACUCCAUAUACCCCACAUGCUACACCCACAGCUGCUACCUCUAGUACAACACACACCUCUAGUACCUCAGGAAUUUCCCAGCAGACCACCAUCACCUUCCCAACAUCAUCACCUUCUCUGACCUCUGUGACCACACCACAGACAUCUUUGUCAACCUCCUCUGUCACAACUUCUGAGGCACUUAACACCCCGACAAGCCAACAGACGACAUCAUCAGUUCCCACAUCCAGGCCACACAGCACCCCUUUACAAACCACAGUGGAGACCACAGGGACCCCACAUACACCAACAGCUGUCAUUUAUACAACCACUGCUACCACACAGUCUCAAAGCACAUUCUCCACGGGCAGAACCUCUACUUCCCACCUUUCACCCACUUCCUCCAUGACUGCCCAUCUGUCCACAUCACUUCCCGCUACAACCGUAUCAACUGGGACCACCAUGGCUGUAACUGGUACCUCCAUGUCCCAAACAACCUCAGUGACACCUAGCAGUCCUCAAACGGCACACACCACACGCCCUUCAUCCACUGCUGUUUUCUCCAGCACAAUACACACCACAGGUCUCCCCUCAGUGACGUCCAUACAGACCACCUCCAAUAUUCCAAGCUCACCUGUUCCUUGGCAGUCUUCCACACCACAGUCAUUAUUUUCAACGUCCUCUCUGUCCCCCACUCCCACCACCCCUAAUACCGGAACUCUCCAACACACACUAUCAGUUUCCACAUCUAUGUUACUGAGUACAAUUCUUCCAACAAGCCCAAUGAUGGGUACACGUUCUCCCACCACAGAACCUCCUGUCUCUUUUAGUACAACUGCUACUACCCCAGUUAAUUCUGCAUUCACAAGAGCAACAACUCCCUUAGAGCUGAGCCCAUCCUCAGUUCCCUACAGUUCUGUUCCCCCUUCCCCUUCUUUUCUCCCAACAAGCUUCCCAUCCACUGUGGUUUCUCUCAGUAGUGUCCCACAUUCUCCCUCUGUUCCAUCCCCCACCUCUGUCCUGUCCACAUCUUUUCACUCUUCAGCAUCCUCCCCCUCUUCUUCCAUGACGUUCCCUCUCAGUCCUACUCCCAGCUCAGCAUCACAUUCACCAUUGUUCACUACCCCCGCCACGGUGUCUUAUCCUUCAUCCGUUUCUUCCUUUGAGUCCCCAACUACUGCCUCUACUCCUGUUAUUUCCUCUGUUUUACCCCUUGUCACCUCGUCCAUUCCUUCCUCUGCUCUCCCCACUUUCUACACAACUCCCACCCUAUCUAGUAGGCCAACCGCCAGCGUUAGCCCUCUAUCCACUGCCAAGACUACAUCUUACGUCCCCACCUUUUCUUCGUUCUCCUCAAAGUCCACCACUUCCCAGUUUACUUCCCUCACUACCCAAGCCUCUACAUCCGGGCUGCUGUCUUCAACCAUGGGCAUGACAGUCUUCCCAAGUUCCCCAGACACCAACCACACAGCUAGACCCCCUGGUACCAGCCCACUGCCUACAACUGCGUUCCUGAGCAGCCCUGCUACUACCAGUGGAAGCUCCUCGCCUUCUACCCUAGUGUCACCCUCCAAACCGGACUCUUCGAUCUCUCCAUCCCCCCAACCUGAGACCUGCAGCUUGCAGGAAGAGCAGCGAGAGAUUACCUACCAAGGCUGCACAGCAAACGUGACUCUAACUCGUUGCCAGGGUUUGUGUGCCUCCUCUGUCAGUUUCAAUACCGACACCCUGCAGUUGGAGACCCACUGUGGCUGCUGCCAGCCUCUCAAUACCUAUGAGAAGCAAGUCUCCCUGCCCUGUCCAGAUCCCAAUGCACCAGGUCAGCAGCUCACACUCACCCUCCAAGUGUUCAGCAGUUGUGCAUGUAGCCCCCUGCAGUGCAAGGACUAAAUAACAACUGGUUUCUUGGGCACAAGGGGGUCAAAAACAGACAGACACACACGCAAAAGCCAUUUCUUGAUACUUCCCCAACACUGUAACAAGCAAUCCUCUUACUGGCCACCGGCAUGGCCUCAAAGAGACCUUGGACAUGGCUCACCCUGAGACAGCGGAGAAACACAGCAACAGCUGUCAUGCAAAGCCUCCUACCAUCUACCUCCUGCAGACCUUGACCAAGCAAAACAGACCUUCUGUGGAAAUGAACUACUCACACCCCUUCAACCUUUGAUGCCUUGGGAAUUUCCUGUCCACCUGUAUACACCUCCCAGCCUCUGGCUAUAAUGCCCAAGAGAUCAGAGCACCAAAGAAGGUGCUGGGAAGACUGGGCGGGGUACCUGGGGAGACACUGGGAAUAACAGGAGGAAGAUGCAGGAGUAUGAACCUUGGGUAGGGGCAGGCAGCAAGAUAAGCACCAGAGAGGCACAAGGAAAGGUCUCCCCAGAGUCAGGGAGAAGUAAAAGGCAUUGACACCCGCUGGACAGGAGGCCAUCACCCAAAAAUGAGCAGAUUCCAAAUAAACUGGUUCUUUUCAAGGCAGAACCUGGUGUGUGCGUGCUGCUGUCUUCUUCCAGGAUCCUGAGCAUGAUGUCACAAAUA